AUGGAGAGAGAAAUUAGCGAAGGUUUUAUAAGCAUGUGGAUGGAGAACAAAAUAAGUUUUUCGAAAUACAAUUUUAAGAGUUUAUGGAAUGAGAGUUACAAUAAAGUAAUUCAUAAAUGGUUGUACAAUACUAAUUCUAAGAUAUUAUUUAUAUACCUUGUAGAAUAUGAUGAAGAGAAAACGUUAAAUUUCUCUUUUGAUUUUUCUAAUGAAAUCAUAGAAGAAACGAUUGAUGAAUAUAUCUUAUUCCUAAAAACUAGUAACAAAAAAAUAACGUAUGAUAAUAUAGACAAUGCUAUAUUAUAUAACAAAGUCAAAUGUAAAUUAAAAGAAAAUAUUUUAAACUUAAUGGAUAAUGUAUUUAUACCUAUGUUAGAUAUGAAAAGUAGUUCUCCCAUAAACAUACAAAAUGACUUUAAUAUCACAACUAUUGAAUUUAUGACUUACAUAACACAGUUAUUUUCAAAGAACAAACUAAUUUACUAUCCCAAAAUUUCAAUUGAUGAUGCGCAGUUAUUUUCAGCUGAUAAAAAUUAUAUUCAGUUACUUGAAAAAUUGGUGGAUCAUUGGAUAAAAGAUAUACAAAAGCUAUUCAAAAAUAUUAAAGACAAGAAAAUUAACUACCUGACGCUGAGUGAGUACAUUUCUGAUGUAGAGAAAAAGCACAGCAUUUUAAAAAACCUCUUAGAAGAGCUCAAUUUAGAUGCAAUAAAUUGCAUUCAGAACAUUUUAGAAAAAAAUAAUUGCGUUAAUAUCAAAACAUACAAUUCACUGAUAACAAAAAUAAGGGAGAAAUGUGAGAAACUGAAGGAGAAACUGAAAGCACUAAAAAUUUUAGAAGAACCAUUCACCAAUUUGGAUGAUAAGGCUUCUAUAGACAAUGUAUACAACAUAUUGCCCAUCAUUGUAAACAGGCUAAAAUUGAUCUUUAACUUUUCAAAGUAUUACAAGGAUUCAGAUCAAAUAAGUAAUUUGAUAACAUUAUUAUUAAAUGAGUUUAUUAAAAAAUUGCAAAAUUACAUUGAUCUUUCUAAGAUGUACACUACAGAGGUUAAGCAGUUGUCUGAAACUCUAGAUGAGUGCAUCAACUUUGUGUCUUACUGGGACUACCUCAUGGAUGUCUCCUUCAGCAAAUCACAGGACAGGAACCCCGCGUUCGACUCUAUCAUUAAUCAGAUUGACAUGUCUAAUAUAACGCACUUCAAGGAAAAAUGCAUAGACUUAAAGGAAAUAUGUUUUGCGUGCGAACAAUUUUUAUUUUGUGUAAAGGAAGAGGACAUAAAAACCUUGAACUAUGAAUAUUAUCACAUAAUUAAGAAAGGGUUCAACGACAUCGAAUCCACAUUUUUCAAUGAAUUAAAUCGAAUUAGGAACUUAAAAUACAACAUUUUAAGCAUAAAAAAUAAUGAUUGGAGUAUCGAUUUUAAAAAGACAAAAGAAUUAAUAAAAGUCUUAGAAAGUAUAUUUAUUAACUUAAUUAAAAUAUCAUUUGAGAAUUCCAUAAAUUUUGAAACGACGAUUUUUUUAUUUGACAAAUUUCACAGUUUAGCUAUCACAGAAAAUAUAAAAUCAUUUAUGAAUAAAAAAGUGGUUGAUCUAUGGAACAAUUUUGUCAAUUAUAUAGACAUUUAUUCUAAAUACUUUGCCAAUUUUCUUGAAAAUCCAUUAAAUUAUUUUUCUUACAACAUAAGAUAUGAAUACCACACUUCAUGUAUAAUGCUUGCAAAAUUUAUCAGUAUUAAAUUAUACCGAAUUUAUAAUAAUUUAAAUAAGCUAUUUUAUUUACCGAAAGUAAAGGAGCAAGACAUUGCGUAUGAGAAAUAUUACAAUUUACAGAAUUCUAUAAAUACAUAUAUAAAACAAAUAAAUAAUAUAUGGAUAAACGAAUUAAAGACAAUUGCAUCUAAGAAAAAUAAUUCUCUAGUCAGUACCCUGUUAGAUAAUUCUAUUUUAAUAAAAGUGAAAGAAAAAUAUCUUGAAAGUACAUACAACUUAGAAAUUAAAAAAGUUUUAUCUGAAGUCAAUUUUUGGCUAAAAAUAAAAGAUGAAAAAGUGUUCCUUCCUAAUGUAAUUAUUGAAAUUUCAUUUCAUGAAGAUAGACUAAAAAUAUAUAAAGAAUAUGUAAAUAGACUUGUAAGGAAUUAUAAUAACAUCCGUAUUAUGCUAAAUAAUGAUCAAUAUAAAAUAUUCGAAUAUGUUCUGAGAAAUAUGUGUACCAAUAUUGAAAACACUGUGUUUAAGUAUAACUGGAAUAAGGAUAGCAUCAAAUUAAAUAUUCUGUUCAAUUUUCUUAACGAAUGUAUUCAUAUUAAAUCUAUAAUUGCAACAUUUAAAAAAAAUGAUGAAAAAAUAAAAGACAUAUUAAAUGAAGUAGAAAAAAUAUGCAUAAUUUCUAUUGAUGACAAAAGAACAUACACUUUGGAAGAAUUUGAAGAAGAACAGAACAUCAAUAUUGAGGGGAUAAGAAGCAUACUGAGAGACAAACAUACAAGUAUCAUUAAACUUUUGAAGGAAAUACUUGUAUAUAUUGAAAAAUAUUCUUCCAAAAGCUUAAAUUCUUUCAAAAGUUACAUUUCUAAUAUUGAAAGGAAUUAUCAGGAAAAGUAUUUUAUAUCAGUGAAGGUUUCUUUGUAUAACUACUACAAAUUGUUAACUGAUAAAAUCAGCAAUGAUGCAGUGGAGAAUUAUCCCUUAUUUAAAAUUUAUGUCAAACUGAAUAGUAAAAAAGAGCUUGUUUAUGAUUUUUCUCAUCAAUCUGCCAAAAACCUCACAGACGAAAUUUAUAAAAAAGCAUCCGAUAUAUUCUUUACAUUUCAUAAAUUUAGUGCUGUCAUUUUCAAAAAUAGACAAAAACAAGUGAAAAAAAAAUUAGCCUUUGCUUUGUGUACUACAAAUGCAAAUGAGAAGGACAUGCUGAAUGAUUCUAAGGAAAAUCAACUGAAAAAAAAUGAUAAUAAUAACCAGUGUAUCAAAUUGCUAAGUCAAAUUAAUAAUAUAUAUGUCAACUUUAUGGAAAAACUCAAGGAAAAAAUAAAGUGGCUCAAGUAUUACAAUUUAAAGCUUCUUAGUUUGAAUGAAGCCGAUUUGAUGCAGAAUCUCCACUCCUCUGAGGACACUAUGAAGUAUGUGUACGGUCAAAUAAAUGUAUUCAGAAAUUUAGAGGAAAAUAUAAAACAGGACAUUGACAAGGAAAUAAUUCUCUUCAUUGAAAUAAAUCUGAGCACAUUAAAAGAAGAAUUACUAAGAGAUUUUAAAAAGUACAAAGAUCUAUUUUUGGAUUAUAUAAGUGAAAAAUGUAAAAAAAAGCUAGAAGAAUUGUACGCCUUUUUUAAGGAAAAUAGCAGUAAUCUUCUAAAAGCAGCAGUAGAUAUAAAUGAUCUAAAAAAGCAUAACGUCUUGUUAGAAUAUUGCAGUAAAAAUUAUUUAACACAUAAAAAAGAAUUAGAUAUUUUGGAAAAAGAUUAUUUAAAAUUGAUAGAAUUAAAAGGAGAAUUAAAUGAAGACGAAAUCAUGAAGUUAAAAACUUCUUUAACCUUAUCCAACAAAUUUGAAGCAUUUCUGAAAGAAAGUAGAACCAUAUAUUUAGACACUAAAGAAAAAAUGAAAAAUGAAAUUAAAAAUUCCUACAAUGAAUUUAAUAAACUAUGGCAAAAAAAAAAAUUAUUAUUUUACAAAGAAAUGCCAAUAAAUAUAGACAAUAACCCUAAUGAUGUUUUGAAUAAGAUUACUUUUUAUGAAGAAGAAUUGAAAAAUAUUAAGCACAUUCAGGAAAGUUUGAAAAACAAAAUAAUCCUAUUUAAUAUAGAUGACGUUUGCGAUGAACAAAUAAAUGAUAUGGAACUGGACUUGACUCACCUGAAAAAUAUAUGGCAAAUGAUAAAGCUUUGGCAGACUGUUUUUGAUUUUAUUAAAAAUGUUAAUAUAUUCUUCUUGUAUGACAUACUAAGUGAUCUCCUUGUAAUUGUGAAGGAUUAUAAGAAGGAAAAUUUUACUUACACGUUAAAAUUCCUGCAGCAAGAAAAGAUAUGCGAAGAAGAGGACUUGGACAUUUCCCCUGACUUGGAAAAUUCCCAUGACUUGGAGGAUGUACAAUCUGCACAAUUCCAAAAUAGUCAACGGAUAUUCCUUGCCAAUGAUGAUCAAACGAGGGAUGAGAGUAAGGGAAAAGGGGAAAAGAAAAAGGGGCAGGAGCAGGGAUUAACAACGAGAGAUGCAAAAAAUUUGAACAUAAAGUCUUUUUUAAAUCAACUGAAAGCGCACUUCCUUGAUAUGUUUGAAGAAUUUUUAAUAUAUAUGAAAAGAAGGAGCGCAUGGGAAAUAUACAAGGAGCUAAAAAAUAGUGUAGGUAAACUAAAAUAUUCUCUAAUUCUUGUAGAAAUAUUAACAAAUGAAUGCAUGAAAUAUAGACAUUUCAAAGAAAUAGAAUUGAAGACAAAUAUUCAGUGGAAUAUUAGCAACAUAACGAUAAAUGAUAUUAUAGAACAAAAGUUAUAUAAAGAAAUAAAAUUCAUAACUAUGUUGUACAAUAAUGCUGAGAAGGAAAUGUUUAUAGAAAACAAUUUAAAAAAAAUAAUUAAUAAAUAUGAAAAUAUGAAAUUGUCAGUACAGAAUUGUAAAUCUUCUUUGCUUAUUCAAGAUAUAGAAAAAAUAUGCAAUAAUAUUAACGAAGAUUUAUUUUUAUUAAAUAAUAUAAAAAUAUACAACUUUGACAUAAAUUUUUUAAAAAAAACCGAAAAAUGGGAAGGAAUGUUGGGAAAUUUAUAUGACAAUUUGGAAAUAAUAUAUUUUAUACAAAACAAGAAUGAAUACUUAAAAUCCAUUUUGUCGUCUUCAGGUGAAAUGAAACCACAUCUAAAAAAGGUGUAUGAACAGUACAAUUUAUGUAAUCAGAAAUUUACAAAAAUUCUUAAAAGCUUUCAAAAUGGUUAUGUGUUAGACAAAAUUAAUAACAAUGAUAACGUGCGUAUAUUUCUCCAAAUACAAAAACAGCUAAAUUUUAUAGAGAAGUCUUUGGAGAGCUAUUUAGAAAAAAAAAAAAGUUCUUUUCCUCGAUUUUACUUUUUAUCUAAUAAAGAAAUUUUAGAGAUAUUAGGAAUAUACAAAAAUCCAAUGUUACUAAAAAAAAAAAUACAAAAAAUAUUUUCGUCUAUUUAUUCUAUCGAAUUCGUAUCCUCAGAAAAAAAAACGCAUUUUUCAAAAAAUAAUUCAAAGUGUAUUACUACACAUGAAUAUAACAAAAAUAGCUUCAGUUUUAAUAAUAAAAAAAUCAAUUAUAAAAAUUCAUCCAAUUUUAAUAAAGAAAAAUUUCAAAUGGAAAAUUUUCCAAACACACACGAACACAUCACACCAAAUGUAGACAACUCUAGUAAGUGUUCUUCCUAUUUUGACACCUACAUUUUUUCUCAAUAUAAUGAAAAGAUAAAAUUACAAAAGAAGAUGAAACUAAAUUAUGAAUCCUCAACUGUUAUUUUAAAGAAGUUAGAAGAAAAUAUAUAUGAAACUUUGAAACUAGAUUUAGUAAAUGUACAACUAGAACUAAAAGAAAAAAAUUUUAAAAGCUGGAUUUUAAAUAAUCCACAACAAUUAGUAUUAACAAGUAAAUGCAUUAAUUUUACAAAUGAUUAUGAAUAUUUUCAAAUACAAAUUAAUAAAGGUUCUCAUAUUUUUGUAAACCAAAUGAAAAGGCAAAAUCACAAGGAACUUCUCUUUCUUACCGAUUUAAUAAAAACAAUAAAGGAUAAAAAAAAUUACAUUAAGAUAAGCGCAUUGAUAAUUCUAGAAAGUUACUACAAAGAUGUUGCAGAAAAAUUGAUCAAAAAUAAAAUAGAAUGCAAUGACAACUUCUUAUGGAUGUGUCAACUUAAAUAUGUUCUAUCUGAGGACGAAUAUAAUGAAAGUUUGAAUAUCUCAAAAUGUUUUUCAUCUAACGAUUUGGUGGAAAAAACCGAUCCAUCAGCUGCUGAAUGUGCAGCAAAAAAUGUAUAUAAAAAGGGAAAUAGUAGAAACGUGGGGAUGCAUAAUUUGACAAGCAUCAAAAAUUCUAUGCCUUUAAAUGGUGGAAUUAGCAUAAUCAAUUCAAAAAUUGGGGAGGUCAUCCAGAAUACAUCAAGUUCAGUUAACACAAAUGAAAGGAACAAACAUAAAGAGAAUUUUUCCGUCAUCAAACCAAUCAGAAACAAGCAUAGAAUUGACGCAAAAGAGAAAAACGGAAAACAGGAAAAAUUUCAUGAAAAUAAAAGCAACGGACAAAAUUCCAAUGAUUCAAAUGUAAAUAAAGGGGAAGCUGUAGAAGGGUUAGAAAAAGGGGUUCAGAAAAAGAACUCCAUAGAAAAAGGCAACUUAUGCCCCAUGGAUAGGAAGAGCGCGUAUGAAACGGGAGAAAAUCAGGAAGAAUGGAUUCAGGAGAAUAUGGAAAAUGAAGCUGAAGAGGAUAAAGACGAGUACGAAGAUGUUGAGAAGGAGGAUACAGGGACAUGUAUGGAACUUCUAAGGGAAGACAUGGAAGUGGAUUAUAAUUUAAAUGCUGAAGAGGAUAUAGAAGCAAGGGAAGAAUUAGAAGAUGUUGAAGAGUUAGAAGCUGUUGAAGAGUUAGAAGCUGUUGAAGAGUUAGAAGCUGUUGAAGAGUUAGAAGCAGUUGAAGAGAUAGAAGCAGUGGAAGAGAUAGAAAUGGACGAAGAGUUAGAAGCAGUGGAUGAGGUAGAAACAAAGGGGGAAAUGGAAUCAGAGCAGAAAGAAACACACUCAGAAGGAGAAAAAUAUCCCAAAAAAGGAAUUUUGUCGAAAAGGAACAAAGUCAUAAACGAUAAUAUGAUAGGUGAUACUGACAACCUAACUACAAAAGGUGGAAUAAAAACAGAUAAUUUAAACCCAAUCGAUUUAGUUGACAAAAAUAGCAGACAACUUAAGUAUCUUAAAACAAUAAAUUUAAUGCUAAAAAAAUCCAUGACUUUGUAUUUACAUUAUUUUAAUAAUAAAAAAAAGUAUGCUUAUGAAUAUCAAGGGAACACAAAUCGAUUAGUAAUUACACCGUUAACUGAAAAGUGCUUUUAUUCUUGUUUAUUUUCUUUAGACAAUUUUUAUGUGAAUGCGAUAAAAGGAGAAACUGGUGUUGGAAAAAGUGAAACGAUAAAAGAUUUUUCAAGAAUAUUUGGUACAAAUAUUAUUUCAAUAAAUUGUAACAAUAAUAAUACUUCGAAAUAUAUAGGAAAUAUAUUAUCAGGUAUACUCCAAUCAGGAUUCUGGUGUUGUUUUGAUGAAUUUAACAGAAUAGAUGAGAAUGUAAUUGUUAUUGUGGUAGAACAAUUCAGAUGCAUUAAACAUAUUAUGCACAAAUUUCAAUUUAGCAGUAAAUGUUCUGAUCGACAGCUUGAAUAUAUGAAUUAUGAAAACAUAUCUUCCCCUUAUCAAAUGACGAAAUGGAGAUCUAGUACUAAUGCAUAUGAUGUUAGGACCCAUUUAUUGGACGCACAGUGGAAUGAGUUUCCAGAACCUUCCUUCCUAGAAAAAAAGAGCGUUACUCAUUUUGAUGUGAAGCAAAAUUUCAAGGAAUCAAAUUCUGACACACAGAUGAACAAAAUGGGGGACGAGAAGUUAAACGAAUGGAACAAAUCAGGGGAAAUUUCUGAAUCUCAAAACGAGGGUAACAGAACCGAUAGCAGAAGAUGUGAAAACAACAAAGGCAUGAGCUUAAAUAGCUACAGAUGUAGUAACACGAAUGGUGAUAGUAAUGGCAGCCCAUCAGGAAAUGAUCCUGUUGAUUUCAAUAAUCCAACAAGUAACGGAUAUGCAUUUUUUGAAGGUCAAUAUAUUAAGACAAAAAAUAACUGCUCCAUAUACUUGACAUUAUGCAAAAAUAAUGACAACUGUUUGUACUCAAUGGAAAAUUAUAACAAUGUUAUUCAAGAAUUUUCCUUUAAACCACCUAAUUUUUAUCUAAUUUGCCAAUUUUCUUUAACAUCUAUUGGAUUUAAAAAUGCAAAAAAGUUGUCGAAAAAAAUCAGCAUUUGCUACAGUUUGUUGUAUGAGUUUUUAUCCAAACAAGAACAAUAUAUAAUAGACUUGAGAGAAAUAAAGAAAUUUUUAAAUAUAGUGUCUCAGGAUUUUAUAGUAAAUAAUAAAGUAAAAAGUGAAGGAGAAAUUAUAUAUGAUGCAUUAGUAGAAGUAAACGAAUCCAAAUUGUUAAAAGAUGAUUUAGAUAUUUUUUACAAUUUUCUCAAGGAACUAUUUCCAUCAGAAAAAAAAAAAAAAGACAAAAAUAAAAUAAAUGAUCUAUCUGUAAAAAUAAUAACAGACAUAAUGAGUAAUAUGGGAUAUACAAUAAAUGAUUACUAUAUAAAUAGCAUAUUAAAAUUACAUAAAAUUAAAAAAACGAAUAAAGGAAUUGUCUUAGUGGGAAAAUCUUGCACAGGAAAAACGAGUAUUCUAAAUAUUUUUAAACAUUAUUGUGAAAUUGAGAAAAACGCAAAUAUUGUAAGAGGAGCUGUAAAUUACUUGGAUAACGAAAACGACAGUGGAGUGUUCUUGCAAAAUAAGGAGAAGAAAAAGGAAACCCCAUUUUAUGAGAAUGGAUUUGUUACAAUUAAUAAGAAUGAAGAAAAUGACAUUAUUGAAAAUUGCGGAAGUAUUAAUGAACUAAAUAAUAGCACCCAAAAUAUUCAUCUCAUCAGUAAAGGAACAUACGAAAGUUAUAAUUUACUAUAUCCAUUUAACUUAUUUUUUAAUAAAUAUAAAAAUCAGGGGAAUACAAAUAUGAGUGGGAAAAAUAGUAAUAAUGGAAAUCAUAGUAGCAUCAGUGGAAGUGUUAAAAAAAUGAGUAAACUUAGCAGUACAUAUUCUAUCCAAAGUAAAAAUUCGACAUGUGCAUUGCUAGAUUUUUCCAACAAGUAUAAAAAAAAUAUGCAGACGAAUGAUUUUUCAAUCGAUGUAACUGUCUUUAAUCCUAUGUCCACAGAUGUGAAAAAAUUGUAUGGAUACUAUAACUUUGAAAAGGAGGUUUAUGAAGAUGGUGUUUUAUCUUUAAUAAUGAAAAAGUUAUUUGAAAACAAUAAUAAUCUAAAUGAGAAGUGGUUGAUAAUGGACGGUCCGCUAGACAUACUGACAACAGAACCUUUACACUCUUUGUUAGAUGAAAAUAAAGUGUUAACAUUAAUAAACGGAAAUCGAAUAAAAUUUGCGGAUAAUGUCUUUAUAUUUUUUGAAAUAGAAAAUUUGAAGAAUUGUGCCCCUUCUUUUAUAAGUAGAUCCAAAAUUGUUUACAUGAACGAGGAAGAAUUCAAUUACGAAUGGUUAAUUGAGAGUUAUUUACAUUGUAAUUUUACUAACUUAGAAGAAAAGAAUUUAGUUCAGAGUUUUUUUAAUAAAUACAUAAAAAAAAUUAUGAAUGCUAAGAAAAAUAAAUACAACUUAAUUAUUGAUGUUAGUGAUGCGAAUAUUAUAAUAUCCAUUUGUCAGUUGUAUGAUAUGCUAUGCAAUUUGUACGAUAAAAAUUAUCCCAAGAAUUUAAACUCAUCCUUAUGUUUAGAAAAAAUUUUUCUUCAAUCUAUUAUUUAUACCUUCUCCAAUAUCUUAUGCCCCAAGAGUAAAGAAUUGUUAGAUCAACUGAUUAAAAGCAUAGACAAUACUUUUCCCCACCUACAUACUAUUUUUGAUUACAUAAUUAACAAAAACAAUUUUAAUUGGGUUUUAUGGGACGAAUUAAUUACCACAAAUCAUAAUUUUUUACCAAACGUGAGGGAAAACUUUUUUCCGUAUGAUAAUUACAAUCUUAGCAAAAAUGAUAGCAACAUGAAGUAUAUGAAUAUGAACAUGAACACGCUGAAUGAAACACUAAAUCCUGACACUGAUCUUAAUAAGUUUUUUCUAAGCAGCAAUUUACAUUUUAGCAAGAAUUUCAACAAAUAUACCAUUAAUUAUAAUAACUUAUUUAGCGACAAUGACAACAAGGAUGCAUUAAAUGCAUAUCAGACAUAUCACACGAAUUUUAUAUCUUCCAAUGAAAAUGAUAUGAAUGAUGUAAACAAGUUAGACAAAUACCACAUCUUCAGCAAUUAUUCUAAGGAUAACACUUAUUCUAAUAAUAUUUUCCUCGAAUCUGACCUAUUCAAUACUUAUAGUAAAAAUAUAUCAAACAAUUAUUUUUCAGAUAACACGUUUUCAAAUAAUAAUUUUUCGGAUAAUUUAUUAUCCUAUAGAAAUGAUAAGAGAGGAAAAGAUAAUUUUCCAAACAUACAUAACGAUGCAGAUUACAAUGUAUUAAAUGACAAUUUUAUAGAAAGUUAUAAAAAAUCUUCAUUGAAAGAUAUCAUCUACAACCAAAAGGAUAGUCUGAAUCAAAAUAGGAAACAGAAAACAAGCCAAAAAUAUUUUCAUCAAAAAUUUAAUGACAAUAUAUUUAUAGAAAAUGUCGAAUCCUUGAGAAAAAAAAAUAUCAUUAACAUUUUAAUGUAUAACAAAAAGAACAUACUAUUGAUUGGUAAUAAAUUUAGUGGAAAAACGUUUUUCAUGAAGUAUAAUAUAUUGCCAUAUAUAAAGGAUGAUAUGUCAAGUUAUUACACCUUUAUUUCUAAACUGUUCAACUCAAGCAAUUUAGAAAAAAAAAUAGAAAUAAAUGUGGAAAAGAAAUGUAGAAAUAUAUAUAAACCAAUAGGAAAUAAAAAGUGCUUAUAUUUCAUUUUGGAUGACUUAAAUAAUCUUCAAAAAUAUGACAGUCCUGAUUUGGAAUAUUAUUACUCCAGUAGCACAAAUAAUAGUAGUAGUGUAGGUGAUAAAAAUACCUUAUUCGAUUUCAAUAUCAACACAAAAUGCAUUUCGAAAAAUAAUAACCCUAAUGGAACCAAUGCACAAAGUGGAAAUAUGAAUAACACCAGUUACACACAGAAUACUAGCGUUUUUGAAUUCCUAAACCAAUUUAUAGAUUACAAUAUGUAUUAUAAUAAGGACAAUGGUUGUGUAAAGAAUGUUGAAAACUUAUUUUUCUUUUUAAUAUACGGAAAUAAUAGAAAAUAUGCUUCCACAUUUAAUAGAAAGUUAAUAAAUAGACUCCAUGUGGUGCAUUUGAACGAAAUGGAUGAAACAUGUUUGAAAAAUAUUUUCCACGUUUUUUUAAGAAAUAAAUUCUCUAAUUUUCAUGAAGUUAUUAAGAAUCUAUCAGAACCACUUUCCUCAUCAACUAUAAAACUAUUUUUCGAUAGCGUCAAAUACUUCAAAUCUAAUUUAAAUUGCUACCACUAUUUUUUUCAUAUAAAUCAUAUAUUUAAAAUAAUAAAAGGUAUAUUUUUGUCAGAAGCUCCGAUAUAUGAAGAAAAAGAAAGCGUGUUAAGACUAUGGGUUAAUGAAUGUUUCCGUUCCUUAGGUGAUCAACUGAUUUUAAAAACUGAAAGAAAAAAAUUUAAAAAUAUUUUAAAAAAUAUAUUAUAUAAAAAGUUCUAUGUCGUUUACAAUUAUCUUUUUCCAAAACAAAAAACCUUUUAUUUUUGCUCCUACAAUUUGCAUGAUAACAAAAGUGAAAAUCCUUAUUUCUUCUACCAACCGGUUUCCAAUGAAGAUGCACUAAUCGAAUUUUUCAGGGGGGUUGUAUCUUCUUAUAAUACAUUUGUUCUAAGUAAUUAUGACAAAAAAAAAAAUGAAUACUUUAAAAAUCACGAAGCAGAUUUGGCUGAUGCGCAAUCGGAAGAAGCAGGAAAAGAAGUUUCCUUGUCUCGAUCAGACAGAACUCCUCUGCCCAACAAAAAUAGUCUACAUGGAAUAUUCAAGCACAAGGACAUAACCAGGUCUGCUAGCCAUAGUGAUAAUGAGAAUACACGAGAAAAUGCACUGAAGAAUGACAACACACAUGAAGAUUCUAUGAAUACCUCAUUAUACAAGUCUCAAAAAAUGUCCAAGGAUAUAGAAAUAUUAGUGAAAAAAAAUGACAACGACUUCAAUAAUAUUAACACCCCUAUAAACUUCAUACUUUUUAAAGAUGCAAUGAUAAAUAUAUGCAAAUUUUCCAGAAUUUUUCUCUUUGAAAAUGAACACUUUAUAUCUAUUGGAGAUAGUGGUCCAGGAAAAUUUACUUGUUGCCUAAUUGCAUGUUUUAUAUACCAGAUCAAAAUACACGUAAUUAAAAAUUUCUAUUAUGAGAAUACAAAUUUGAACAGCACAAAUGAUCAAAGUGCAAUAAUCGAUGGGAUUAUCCAUAUUCAUAAUGAUAGUAUAAAGGGACAUUAUCUCACUAAUAAUAUGGACGCAACAAAGGAACAUAAUAAAAAUUGUGAAUCGGACAAAAUAGUACAACUCAGCAGAGACGAUAGCAUAAUGGAAAAUAUUCACAAAAUAGAGAACCAUGCAAAGGAGACAAAUUUGAGAAAUGAAAUAAAUGAUGAAUCAACUGGUGAAGAUGGACAGAACAGAUUAAAACAAGAAUUGAAAAACGAAAGGUCAGAGGGAGAAAGCUUAAACAAUGGAUAUGAUGCAGAAAGAGAAGAAAAUAAGAAUAUAACACUGGAGAACGGAAUAGAUAUUAUUAACACAGGAUGGAGCAAAAUAAGUGGAGAGAAAGAAGAACAAGGCCAUUUGAAUACAAAUUCAAUAAACGGAAAUAAAAACAUAUCAACAAUAGAAAAAUUAAAAGGCAAUUAUUUUAUAAAAAAAUUUAAAGAAGCUAUUUUUAAUUGUUACAAAAAUGAAAAAAGAUGUGUUUUGUACUACUUACAUGACAAUAUGAAUGAUGAAAUUUUAGAAUUUUUACAUGAAUUGUAUAAUAAUGUGAAUUUAAUUAACAUAUUUAAUAGUGAAGAAGUAGCAUAUUUAAAAAAUAUAUUCCUACAGAAUGAAAUAGGUUUUAAAAAUUUUGAUACUUUAAGUGAAAUAGUAGAAGAACUUAUUAAGAAAAAUUAUCAUUAUGUUUUAUUUACUACACUGAAAAGUAAAAUGUUUAGAAAAAUAUCAAAUGAAUACAAUGUUAUACUAAAACAGUCGACAGUAAAUUAUUUCAGUUCAUGGAAAAAUAUAUCUUACAAUAUAAUAGCACAAGAAACACUAAAAAUAAAUAACUUAAAUGUAGAUAUAUUUACGAAGCUGCACAACACAGCAUUAAAAAUGUUCGAAAGUGUCUUUUAUCAUUUAGGAGAAAAAUUAGACAGGGAGAAAAGAGAAAAAAAAAAUUUAGUGAACGAAUUUUGUAGUCACAUAAAUUGUGAUGAAUACCAAAGGAAUAAUUAUACAAAUGAAAGAAAUUUCAAUAUGUCAAAGAUGGAUGAACAGAACAAAAAAUAUGAGAAAAAUUCUACUUUAAACAAGUCGAAAAAUACACUUUUGGAUGAUAACAAACAAUCUAUGGAAAUUAAGAAUAGCUUAAAAAUGAACACCAAAGAAAGUUGCCAUAUGAACCCUAACCAAACCAAGAGCAUCAUGCAAAGCAAAAAAACGGUUAAUGAUGGAACAGAAGGAAAUAUAAUAGGUGAUGAAAACCAAAAUAAUGAGGAUAUAGAAAAUAAUAUAAAAUAUAUAAGAAAUUCUAAAAUUGUAGAAGAUAAAAUAAACAUACAGAAAUAUAUUAAUUUUAAGCAUUUCAUUAAUUUUUUACAAUUUUUUGAAAAGUUAUACAAGAAGAAGUUAGAGGAAACGAAUAAUCAAGAAAAAAAAAUAAACAUUGCAUUGAGCAAAUUGGCUGAUGCUAGAAAUGAAAUUCAAGAAAUGCAAAUUCAGUUAAGUCUUCAAAAAGAAAAUAUAUCGAAAAAGCAAACAGAAUGCACACAAUUGCUCAAAGAAAUAGAGGAAAAGAAACAAGAAUCUAAUGAGAAAAAAAAAAAAAUACAAGAAGACAGUAUUCGAAUAUCAAGUGUCGAAAUAGAGACACAAAAGCUAGCUGAAGAUGCUAGAAAAGAUUUACAGAAUGCAAUUCCGGAGCUUGAAGUUGCUACACAAUCUCUAGAACAAUUGGACAAAAAAAGUAUUUCAGAAGUUAAAGCAUACACAAAGCCACCUGACGUAGUCAUGCAAACAUUAUCUAUUGUUAUGAUAAUUUUAAAUAAAACUCCUAGUUGGGAACAAGCAAAAAUUGAAUUAGGAGAUGCCAACUUUUUAAAUAAAUUAAAAUCAUUUGAUAAGGAUUCUAUAUCUGAUAAAACGUUAAAAAAAAUUGAGAAAUUCACGAAAAAUCCUAUAUAUUCACCAAAGGCAGUUAAAAAAGUUUCUUCAGCUACAGGUGCUUUGUGUAUGUGGGUUCAUGCAUUAAAAAUGUAUGCACAGGUAUACAGAGAAGUUGCACCUAAGAGGUUACGAUUAAAUCUAGCUGAAGAGUUAUUAAGUAAGAAUAGAAAAGAACUAGAAUUAACAAUGGAACAGCUUAACCAAAUUGAAAAAAAUUUGUUACAUUUGCAAGAACAGCAUAAUGAAAGCAUGAAAAUGAGUGAUGAGCUUAGCAAGUCGUAUGAAGAAUCUUGUUUAAGAAUAGAAAAUGUGGAGAAGUUUUUUCUGAAUUUAAUGGACGAAAAAAAUAGAUGGGAAAAAUAUGUUAAGGAUAAUGAACGGAUAAAGAAAUGUAUAUAUGGAGAAUCCAUAUUGUGUUCAUUUUUUUUAGUCUACACUGGUUUGUUGAAUUAUGAAGACAGAAAAUGUUUAAUAUAUGACAUUUGUCUUAAUUUAUUAAUAAAGAAACAUAUUUUUGUUAAUACAAAUUUUAAUGUAGUUGAUUAUUUUAUUGGUCCCAUUCAAUCACUUGAAUUCCGUACGAAUUUCUUAUCUAAUGAUAUAUACAUGAAGGAAAAUUCUAUACUAAUUAAUAACAACUUUAUUUCCACAUUGAUAGUGGAUCCCCAUUACCAAGCAGCAAACUGGAUAAAACGAAGUUACCUGAACAAUAAUAAAAUGAUAAUAAUUUCAGAUUUCCAUUCUUUGGACAUAUUUUUUAAAAUAAUCCAUUGCAUGAAUAAUGGAACUGCACUAUUGAUAAAUUACAUCAAUGAAGACUUGGAGGACAUAUUGCUUUUAACAAUUAAGAAAUACAAUAAGUUCAUUUUAGAUAAGGAAGAUAAUUCAAUCUUGGAUAUAUGCCACAACCAAUCUUCCAAUGAUUCUCUAAUAAUGGAAUAUGUAAAAAGGAAGAGACAACUGCAGGAGAAAUUCGCAACAGGCAAGGGAAGUGCUAACAACAAUUGUAGUGGUAAUGGAGGAAUUAGCAGGAUGGCAUAUAAAGAUAAACUAUACCGUAUGAAACUACAAUUGCUUAACGAGAUAAAGAUCCACAAAGAUUUCAAGUUGUUUUUAGUUUCUAAUAAGAACUGUUUCAAUUUAGACCCCCUAUUUUACACACUAACAACAGUUAUUGUAUUUUGCCUGAACAAAGAAUCGCUAGAUAAUAUUUUGUUGAAUGUAAUUAUAAUAAAUGAGGAGAAAAACUUAGAAGAAGAAAAUAAAGAAUGUAUGCUACGUCUAAUUCAUGUUAAAAAAGAAAUAAUAAAAUUAGAAAAUAAUAUCCUAGAGCAUAUAACAAAAAGUCAAAAGAAAAUUACAGAAGAUGAUGAAUUGAUUAAUAUACUUCUACAAUCUAAAUCAGAAAUUGAUGAAAAGAAUGGACAUUUAGAAGAAAUUAAUGAUACAAUUAGUAGAAUGAAUAUGAAUGAAAAUAUGUUUAAACCAUUAGCAAAAAAGGUUUCUACAUUAUUUACUAUAUUAAAUGAUUUGAAAUAUGUAAAUAAUUAUUAUCAAUUUUCCUUAGAUCAUUUUAUAUCAUUUUUUAUAUAUAAUAUGAAAAUAUUUAAAAAAAAUAAUAAAAUAUUACCUAGUUCAGCCACUGAAAGACAAGAGAUACUAUUCAAUAGUUAUUUUUUAGAAUUUCUGAAAUAUACUAAAGUUUCCCUAGCUAGUAAACACCAUCUAUUUUUUGUAUUCUAUUCUUUAUGCAAAAUUAUGGUUUUCGAAAAUAAAAUAUCACAAGAAGAUUAUAACUUUUUUGCAUUUGGUACACAAGCCAAUGAGGAAAAGGUGCGCACAAAAUAUAUGAAAAAUUACAUGAGGAAUUCUAACCAAAAUGACGACGAGGAGGAGGAACAUGCGUAUAAACAUAGAAGCAGAAAAAAAGGAAAGAAUAAAAUGAAAGCAGGACAUCAGAGUAUGUCCAAGUCCACGACAGACAAAGAUAUUUCUAAUUCGAAUAAGUAUGCUGAUGCAGAGGGGGACAAUAAGGACGAAAGUGAGGAGGAGGAAGAAGAAGAAGAAGAAGAAGCAGAAGAUGAAGAAGCAGAAGAUGAAGAAGCAGAAGAUGAAGAAGCAAACGAAGAAGACGCAGACGAAGAAGACGAAGAAGACGAUGACGAAGCAGACAUGAGAGACGAAAAUGGCAGCGGGUCCAAGGAACCAAUUGAGAAAGUUAAAGAGGGAGAACCGAAUCAGCACUGCAAAACGGAUGAUCGAAAUAAGGACGCUGGAAUUAGGAAUGAUGUAAAAAACGACGAGUAUGAAUUGGAAGAAAAUAUGAACCCAGAAGAUAAGAAAAAAUAUAAUGACGAGGGAGAAAUAGACAAAGUGAAAGGAAAUGCUAACACUAUGAAUAGAAAAAGAAGAAAACAACAGAGAAAGAAAAAAUACAAUUCAUAUAAUAAACUAUCAAAGAACUAUGGAGAUGAUAAUUUUAAGGACUCUUUAGAAUAUAGUGAUAUGAACAAUAAUGGUGGAACAACAAAUGAGGAGAAAACUUCUGAUGUGAUUAAUCCAGGGAAUGAUUGGAUAAGUGAAGAAAAAUGGAAAUACUUAUUAGAUAUUGAAAAACUGAAAAAUUUCGAAGGGUUUAUCAGUUCGUUUAUUAAAUCCAUUAGAGAAUGGAGAAAAUGGUUCAAUUUUUUAGAAGUAGAAAAUUAUGUACUACCAGAUGAAUGGGAAUUCAAUUUGAAUUCGUUUCAAAAAUUAAUUAUAAUAAAAAUUUUACGCCCUGAUAGAUUAAACAAAGCUGUCGAAAUUUUUAUAUAUGCAAAUAUUCCAUAUAAUGAUAUAGAAGUGGAUCACAUGAAUUUUGAGUACAUAUUAAGGCCUUCUAAAAAUAUAGAUCCCAUUACUAUUAUUUAUAAGGAGAAUUUCGACCCCUUUCAGUAUGUAUACAAAUAUGCUUGUGAUAAUAAUCAAAAAUUAAAAUUUUUAAUUUUAACAAAUCAAAACAUCAAUUUUGCUUACGACUAUUUAAAGAAUGGAAUGGAAAAUGGUCAUGUUAUUUUUAUUUCCAAUUUACACAAUUCACUCCCUAAUUUGAAUAAAUUAAACAAAGUUAUUGAAAAUCUAAUGAACUGUCAUACUGAAUUGUAUCCAUUACAUAAUACCAGUUCAAAUGAAAUAGGUUUUGAAGCAAAUUCUUUUCGUGCCAAUGACUAUAUCGAAGAUAUUUCUUCUCUGAAUACAACGAAUAUGUCUGCAAAUGAGAAGACAAUUCCCAGAGGUAGAGAAAAAAACAUAAAAGUAGAACAAACUGGAAGAGUUGUUGAAAAUAAUGAGGAACAAUGCAUAAAAAGAGAUCAAAAGGAUGUAGGAAAUAUGUCAAAAUUGUUAUCCGAUUUUAGAGAAAAAGACGUGUUGUCAUACAAUGUGCAGUAUUACAAUGCUCUUAUAGACGAGGAAUAUGACAAUAGUAAUAACAUCAACCUCUGUAAUGAUAACAGUCCUAGAAAUGGCAACAAUGUCUUACUUGAACGAAAUGAUAAUAAAAAAAUAAGGGUUCACCCGAAUUUUCGUCUUUUCCUUGCUUCCUUGCCUAACGAGAAAUUCCCAACAUCAUUGUUGCAAAAAAGCGUUAUUGUGAUUCUGGAAGAUCCAAAUAACAUAAAGAAGAGUAUAUCCAUUUUGUUUAAAGAACAGUGGGAAUUAGAAGAAAAUAAAAAUAUUCAGUUAAACAAAUAUAAAAAAUUAAUGCUAAGUUUAUUCUGGUUUCAUUCAAUACUUAAUAACAGAAAAAAAUUUUACAACUUGGGAUGGAAUAGUGAAAAUUAUUUCUUCAACAACAAAGAUAUAAUUUUAAGCAAAUACAUUUCCCAAAUAUUUCUGAAUAAAAAUAUUAAAGAAAUUUAUUGGCCUUAUUUCCGUUACUACAUUUGUGAUAUUAUAUAUGGUUCAAAAAUUAAUGACUCUUUUGAUAAGGAACUUUUGAAUAUAUAUGCAAAUGAAUUUUUUAAUAUUAAUAUAUUUAAAGGGAAGUAUAUAUUUUCUAACUCUGUAAAUUGUUACUUACCUAGUGAUGUCACGAAUGAAAAGACGUUAAACAAUUAUAUGAAGGAAAUUCCACAUAAUGAUUAUGUAGAAAUAUUUGGACAGAAAGCUUGUGCAGAAAUUCCCUACAACACAAUUGCAUCUGAAGCAAUUAUAUCCCUUUUCUCUCAUGUAAAUUCUCUGCAUCUAAAUCAGUAUCAUUUCCACAAUACUAAUUCUAAUCAUAUUAAUGAAAAGGAAGUCUAUUCUCUUACCAAAAUGCUACUACAAGGUAUGCCUCACGAAAUUUAUGUAGAUGAAUUGAUGAAGAAGCAAUCCAUGGAAGAAAAAUACAUUUACGUCAAUCUAAUGUGUCAGGAAAUAUACAAGCACAAUUUGGUUCUGAAGAAGAUCCGGAAAUCUAUUUCCAAGGUGCAGUGUGCGUUAAAAGGAGAAACCAUGAUAAAUAAACAAAUUUACGAAAUCAUAAAAUCUCUUAACAACGGAUUAGUACCGAAUUCUUGGAAGAAAUUUUAUAUAUCAAAGAAAAGUUUAGUUCCAUUUUUUGAAAACUUGAAUGAAAGAGUAAAUCAAUUAAAUGAGUGGUGCAUUAAUGGGUCUUUAACAAUUCAUUGGCUUGGGGGAUUUUGUAAUCCAAAAAGUUUUUUAAAGUAUAUUUUAUAUGAAUAUUCUAAAAAGAAUGAUAUUAGCCAUGAAUUAAUUACGUUCGAAUUUACAUCUAUAAACAAAUCAGAUGAAAUUGAAAUAAAAAGUAGAAACAAUGAGAAAGGAAUUUAUGUAAAGAAGUUAAUUCUGCAAGGUGCUAAAUGGGAUUUUAUAAGCCAAACACUAAUGGAAACGGAUAAUAACAAUUUGUACUUUAUCAUUCCCACAGUUUAUCUUAAAGUUGUUUUAAAAAAAAAAAGUGAAAAUGAUAAUGAUAUUUAUUAUUGCCCAUUGUACAUGUGUCAAGAAAAGAAUGUCAUAGAUAUUAAGGAAAAUUAUUUGAUGAAGGUUGGACUCGGCACAGGACCCAAAAAUCCAUCCCAAUGGGAAAAAUUGGGGGUCCGUUUAUUUUUAACGAACGAAUGUUAA